AUGUCAACAAAACACCACAUAAACAUCACCACCUGCCGUUCCCAGAGCCAUUGCUUUAUAAGUCAAACAUCUAAUCAACCCAUCUACCUAUCCAGACCCCGAGCAAAAACCGCCACCAUGCCUCUCAUCGCCCAAUCCCCCAAGCCCCGCGUGAUCCUAGGUCUCAUGACCUUCGGCACCGACACCGAGACGGGCGCGCGCGUCACCACCGUCCCGGAGUUCGGCAAGGUCCUCGACCUCUUCCAGUCGCGGGGCUACAACGAAGUCGACACGGCGCGGAUAUACAUCGGCGGCAAGCAGGAAGCCUUUACUCGCGAGGUCGGGUGGAAGGACCGCGGCUUGACGUUGGCUACCAAGAUUAUUUAUCCUAGCAACGGAGGAGAUAACAUCCGUGAAAAGGUCCUCGAAAGCGCGGAGAUCAGCUUGAAGGAACUGGGGACGGAUGUCAUUGAUAUUUUGUAUUUGCAUGCUGCUGACCGCAAAACCCCCUUCGCCGAAACCCUCUCGGCCAUCAACGACCUCCACAAGGCCGGAAAAUUCGUCCGCUUUGGCAUCUCCAACUUUACGUCCUUCGAAGUCGCCGAGAUCGUCAUGACAUGCAAGUACAACAACUGGGUUGUGCCGACCAUCUACCAAGGCAUGUACAACGCCAUCACGCGCUCUCUCGAAACCGAGCUCGUUCUGGCUUGCAGGCGCUACGGCCUCGACAUCGUCGUCUACAACCCUCUCGCCGGCGGCCUUUUCUCCGGCAAGAUCAAGUCGGCCGACAUCGUACCCGAGUCAGGCCGCUUCUCGGACGUCAACAAGAUGGGCGCCAUGUACCGCGGACGAUACUUCAAGGAGUCGACCUUCCGCGCGCUGCAAGUGGUUGAGCAAGCGAUUGAGAAGGCUAAACUCACGAUGAUCGAGACGGCGCUCAGGUGGGUGGUGCAUCACUCUGCGCUGAAGGUUACGGAUGGGAAUGAUGGUGUGAUUAUUGGUGUUAGCAGCAUCGAUCAGUUGGAUAACAACUUGACGGAUCUGGAAAAGGGACCGUUGCCCCAGGAGGUGGUGGAUGCGCUGGAUGAGGCGUGGAGGAUUACCAAGGUUGAUACGGUCAAUUAUUGGCAUGGAAAGGUGGAGUAUGGGUAUGAUGUUAGGGAGGCGCUGUUUGGGAAGGGUGCGAAAUAG